UGCUCCCAUGGCUUGACGCGCCAGCCACGCGAACCUACUGGCACGGAAUGCACGGCAUGCCGGGGGAGCACCAUCGCUGGAGUGCAAUAAAUAAGGUAGAAUGCCCAGGAAAUUUCUUGCUGUUUGUAGUUGAGCUUCUUUCUUCACAUUAAUUUGUCGCGGUCAACAAACGAGCUCGAAAGACCUCCCUCGUCCUAUAUCAACCUUGCUCCCUCCACAUACCCAUUCCUAUCUCGUACAAGUUCUCAAUCGCCAAAAUGCUGUCCAACACAUUCGUCGCCCUCUCUCUCCUUCCUCUCACCCUGGCCCACUUCCAGCUCACCUUCCCGAAAGCGCGUGGGUUCAGCGACGAUGUAGAAAGUAACUUUCCAUGCGGAGGCUUCAACGAUGUCCAGAAGCAGCGCACCGACUUCCCCAUUAGCGGUGGCCCCAUUCAGCUUAACAUGGGCCACCCGCAAACUAAUAUCGCAGUUUACGUGGCUAUCGGUGACAACCCGGGAUCAGGCUUCAGCGUUGUUGCACGCCAACAACUCACCGUCGACGGCCUGGGGAACUUCUGCAUCGGUUCAAUCAGUCUGCCCACAAGUCUCAACGUCUCGGAUGGAACGCUGGCUUCGAUUCAAGUAGUUUCGAACAACCACGAGAGUGGCGGUCUCUACCAGUGCGCCGACGUCAAACUAGUGAACACGCAACUCUCCCAAACCGACUACAAUAACAAUUGCAAGAACAACACGAAUGUGCGCGUCAGUCAGGAAAACAUUUCUGGUAAUCCAAACGGAUCGUCCACAAACGCGAGCCCAAGUACAAGCGCGACUGGAGCAACGCCUUCAAGUAGCAAGGGCGCUGCAGCACAGGCCAAGGCCGUCUCAUGGGUGUUGGGUGCUGUUGGCCUGGCUGGAAUGGCCAUGCUGUAGAGUGUGUGGGUCGAGCAGAGAGGGAUGACAAUUAGCGUUCUGACAGUCCAUGUUGCAUUAUACCAAUUCCUAGAAAGUCUUUCAUCAGAUGCCUCCAAGGCUCGAAGCACUUGGUGCUCUCAAUGCAUGUGCAAUCUUUCCUUUGACUCUCGCAGCCUGAAAAGUCUUUAAGACGCAUCUAGCAGUAAGCAAUUGAUCGGUUACAGUGAUG